GACCACGUCUUCGGCGCGGCACCCCCCUUUCCUUCGCAGAGAAGGCAGUCGGAGACUGGGGAUUGGCUAGACUAGAGACUGGGAGGCGACUUUGGACGGCGGGGGUGCUGUUUGGAUGGCAGGGAAAUGGGGAUUAGAUCAGCGGUGCGCGUGGCUGCUUUCGUGCAGUUUCGCUUUCGCCAGUCGCAGUAUAUUCGAAAAGGCUUCAUACAGUCAUAUAAUGUCGUCUGCUCGCAUCUCUGAUGCUCAUCAUACGAGCAACGCCUUGCGCUUCGCAGCGCAGGCGGUGUCAUCGUCACCAAACUGGACCCUGGGCGCGGGAUUGGGUAUCUACAACCAGGCAGUCGAAGGGAACGGUUCGGGAGGCCAUAUGGGAGCAGCGUCAGGGGCAACUGUCCCACCGAUCAUCGACAUGCGCAGGCCCUGGGGGGAGAUAGAACAAAUACUCCUCCGCGAUGCGUCUUGGACUGUCCCGGCCUUCUCCUCCCCCGCCAUGGUGAUCGUGAGGGCCGGCGAGGGUAGCCCCAUCCCCGUCACUCUACCCGGCUCAAGCAGCCACGCACCUUGGUCAAGGGCGCAGUUGCUGCAAGCCGUCCAUCGGGCGCUGAAUACCCCUCUGGACACCCCGGGACACCGCCUCAUCGACACGGUCGGUGAGCAUGCGUACUACGGAGGGUUCAGUCAGGUGGAUGGACGCACUGUCUCGCUAUGUGUAGUGACAAGGAAUGAGGCUCGUAGGCAGUUCUCCGGGAACCUGUAGGCUCGUUCUU